CCUGUGCGCAUGCGCCUCCCGUAGCUUCAGCGGAGACCAUUUCCUUCCAGCAGCAGGCCUUCCAGACGCAAACAGACACACAUAUGCAGCCUGAGAACAGACAAGCGUCAAAGCAAAGCCACGUUUUGGAUUGUCCGAUAUCACCACCACAAGGCUGGAUGUCCCAAACCCGCGGAGACCUCCCGAUGGGCCUUCAGCGCUGAUCCGCAGCAACACCUCUGCUCGACUCGGUCCCAUCUUUGGCUCUGAUGGUUCUGGCUGAACAGUGACCACUGCCUGCUUGAGGAAACCUGCCGCCCAGUUCCCCUCAUCAUGUCUGGGAUCCAUGUGCCGUGGUCCACUGGCACAGAGUGUGUUGCCAAAUAUAACUUCAAGCCCGGCACCGACCAGGACCUGCCCUUCUGUAAAGGAGAUGUUCUGACCAUCGUUGGAGUCACUCGGGAUCCAAACUGGUACAGAGCCAAGAACACCGGGGGCAGGGAGGGCACCAUUCCAGCCAACUAUGUCCAGAAACGGGAAGGAGUCAAAUCAGGAGGGAAGCUCAGUCUCAUGCCGUGGUUUCACGGGAAGAUAACUCGUGACCAGGCUGAGCGGCUCCUCUACCCACCAGAGGCGGGCUUGUACCUGGUGAGGGAGAGCACCAACUACCCUGGCGACUACACCCUGUGUGUCAGCUGCGACGGGAAGGUGGAGCACUACCGCAUCAUCUACCACAACGGAAAACUCACCAUUGACGAGGAGGAGUACUUUGAGAACCUCAUGCAGCUGGUGGAGCACUACACCAAAGACGCCGACGGCCUGUGUACCAGGCUGGUCAAACCCAAGCUGAUGGAGGGGACGGUGGCAGCGCAGGACGAGUUCUCCAGGAGUGGCUGGGCUUUGAACAGGAAGGAGCUGAAACUCCUCCAGACCAUCGGUAAAGGAGAGUUUGGAGAUGUGAUGGUUGGAGACUACAGAGGGACCAGGGUGGCGGUAAAGUGCAUCAAAAACGACGCCACGGCGCAGGCCUUCGUCGCCGAGGCCUCCGUCAUGACGCAGCUACGGCACAACAACCUGGUGCAGUUACUAGGUGUUAUUGUGGAGGAGAAGGGUAGUCUCUACAUCGUCACAGAGUACAUGGCUAAGGGCAGCCUCGUGGACUACCUGCGCUCCAGAGGACGGACUGUCCUCGGUGGGGACUGCCUGCUCAAGUUCUCGCUUGAUGUGUGUGAGGCCAUGGAAUACCUGGAAGCCAACAACUUUGUCCACAGAGACUUGGCGGCCCGGAACGUUCUGGUGUCCGAUGACAACAUCGCCAAGGUCAGUGACUUUGGCCUCACCAAGGAGGCUUCCUCCAUACAGGAAACGGCCAAGCUGCCCGUCAAGUGGACCUCCCCCGAAGCUCUGAGAGAGAAGAGGUUUUCCACCAAGUCGGAUGUGUGGAGCUAUGGAAUCCUGCUCUGGGAGAUUUACUCCUUUGGCCGCGUGCCUUACCCCAGAAUUCCGCUGAAAGACGUGGUUCCUCGGGUGGAGAAGGGAUACAAGAUGGACGCCCCCGACGGCUGCCCGCCCGUGGUCUACGACCUGAUGAAGCAGUGCUGGACCCUGGACGCCGCCAUGCGGCCCUCCUUCCGGAUGCUGAGGGAGAAGCUGCAGCAUAUCAGAGCCAAGGAGCUCUACCUGUAAGGAGGAGCAGGCGGAGGGGAGGGGGGGGAAACAGCAGAAGAAGAGGAGGCGCAGGACCACAUCACCUUCCUCAGACUGCCCCUCCCCCCUCACCAGGACUGUUUCCUGUUUGUGAUGUAAAGCGGCGUUCUCCUCCCCCCUCCUCACUCACCCCAGUUCUUUCUCCUCCUGAGAUGUGGCAUUAACUGGAGGGGGGGGCUGGCCUUUUCCUCCACUUUUGUCAAGUGCGCUCUCGUCUUCAACCCCCCCCCCCCCCCAUAUUUCAGCACCAACAUGUGGCUCUGCAUGCCUUCAGCUCCAUCGUCCCGCCGCCCUACAGCCCCCCCAGCUCAGUUGGGAGGGUCGCUCUGUGCCAAAGUGCCUCCAGCCUACAGAGCUUCACCGUCACUCAUCCAGCUGACGUCUCAUUUUUUAUAAUUUCUUUCAGGGAGGUUUUUACUUUUGCCUUCUAUUUUUUUUUUCUUUUUUUUUAUUCCUGGGGGAGGAGCACGGGGUGAGGGGGGGUGGGGGUUCAUGCUGACCAGAGACGGUUCUGAGGAGCAGGGGGAGGAGAGACGUUCACAAACAUGGUGGAUUCUUCAUACGUGGGUGUGUUUUAUAUCAAAAAUUUAUUUAAAGGAUUAAAAAAAAGGAGACUUACUCUGGCAGGUUGGAGACUGAGGACGGAGGACGUGGACGGAGGACGUGGACGGAGGACGUGGACGGAGGACGUGGGGUGUCUCUGAGCUCCGAGGUCGGGGGGUGCAUGCUGUGUGAGGCCUUGGGUCCAACUGUCAGUGCUUUCGAUGUUCAUCGUUUUAUUAUGCUAUCAUGAAUAUGAAUAAAUCAUUCCAUCUGAA